UGAGCUGCGGUGGAGCCGGGACACCUGUGGCAUCACGGAUUAUUUUUUUAAAUCUUCAUCUCAAAUUUUUAUUUACAACCUCUAAAUCCGUGGAAAUGUUCAACAAUAAUCACAGGGAGUUUGAUGAGGAUCCGUUCUUCUCGGAUCCUUUCCAGGCUCACAGGGAACACAUGCGGCAGAUGAUGCGAAGCUUCUCUGAGCCAUACGGCGGGCCCGUAAUGCCCAGUAUAAUGGAUGGGAGAAACCGUGGUCGUGACAUGGCAGAACAUCCUACCUCAUCCCUGGCACUGAGGGACGAACACAGGGAUAUGAGCCGGUCAUUGUUGCCCUUUGGCAGUUUUGACAGCACGGGCAUGACUAGGAACCCUUUCGGCAUGUUCGACAACAUGAUGUCCAACAUGAAAAACAGGAUGGAGGAGAUGCACAGAAACGUUGAGAAUAUGUCCACAGAUUCAAACUCCCACUCAUUCAGCUCCUCAUCAGUCAUGACAUUUUCAAAGGUUGGAAAUGAGGCUCCCAAGGUCUUCCAGGCGAGCUCAUCGACACGCCGUGCCCCUGGAGGGAUCAAGGAGACCCGGCAAGCAGUUAAAGACUCUGAGAGCGGUCUGGAGAAGAUGUCCAUCGGUCACCACAUCCAGGACAGGGGACAUGUUGUUGAGAAGAAAUUCAACAAGAAGACAGGAAAUAAGGAGUUCAACCAGGACUUUGAAAAUAUGGAUGAAUCUGAAGCAGAGUCUUUUGACGAUGAGUGGCAGCAGGAGGUUUCCAAGUUUCACACAUCAGGCCCAAUGUCUCGUCUGGAGGAACCCAAACCCCGUGGUGUUCACCGGGCAGCCCUCGCCGGUUCUGAGCAGGAGCACAGUGACCAAUCAAAGGGCAAGGCUGAGGGUAAAAGCGACACGAAAGGCCCAGGCUCGACAAAGCAGUGAAAACAUCCUCUUGCUGCUUAUUAAAAUCUUUCAAGCGUAAAAAAAAAAAGCCAGCAGUGUAAUCCUUUACCAGUAUUAAUACUCUUCUACGCUUAUAGAACAUUACAAUAAAGUUAAUAAAGUUACAAAGGUGUCCUUAAUCUUUUACAACAACCGAGAAACUAAAAGGGUGAUUAGUAUUUCUAUGGAUGUAGCGGUGUUAAAAUAAAGAAAUACAUUGAAAUGUAAUUAAGGGUGGUAAGCACUUCUUAUUUCAUUAUACAUUAACAAUGAGCAAUUAGUUUAAGAUUUGGCAUCAGAUUCACAGAAUUUGCUCUAUAUAUGAUGUUCUGAUGAUGCCAUCUGUUCCCAUUAUGUCAUUUUCAUAAUGCAACAAGACCGCAAAUGUAGUGAAUUAUUGACUGUUUGAAAUCCACUAAUGCACGUCUUAGACAAUGUCUGAAUUGUCUUUCUGUAAUUAUAUUGUCUAGCAUCUGAUGCUCUAGAUAUAUGUAUUUUAUCUGCUGUAAUCUUUGUAAAAAGAAAAAUAAUACUUCCCUUUUUAUAUGUUACUUUGGUUUCUCUUGUUUUUCAUCAGAUGAACUCUGUGCUGCGUAGCACCAUAUCUUGACAACGUCUGGAUUAUUCUCAAUAAUUCUAGCUUUGUUCUUGUUUAUUUUUUCAAGCUUUAAAAACAAGUUAUGUGUCAACACAGACUAUUGUCUGAAAAUUAAAAAUAUGAAGAUUAA